GGACGAGGUCUUAUCUAGAGUCUUUGCGGGUGCGUGUUGAAAUGAUGUUACCAGGAGGACGUUUAAUGCAAGGAUUGGUGAAAAUGCACUUGACGAAGCAGAAACCUUCGUCCGCGACGCGCCUCACGAGCUUCGAUUAUCACUUCGUUUCAACUGCGUUGCAGCCCAGGGGUUCGCUUUUAUAUCUUAGUAUGCCAAUUGAAAGGAAAUGUCCCUUACAAGCUAAAUACAUGACAGGUUGGGAAGAAUGCUCACUUUCUGUCAAAAGAAGCUGCUGCUGUACAUCUGCGCCACGAUGGCUUCGGUCACUUCAUAGCGCCCUCCCCCGCUUGCUGAUGCGUCCUCCUGUACCCCUAUUUUUUCCACGAGUUUGCAAAUAUUUGUGCGCCUUGGAAACCUUCGUGAGUGUUCUAGUUUCGGUAAUACACGUGAAUGAAAAAGCGUGUGGCGAGAAGCGAAGUCGGAUGUGAAAGGACAUGCGCCUGGUACGCGAGAAUCCUCUUCGUCUGCGCAGCUUUGCAUCCCGACUCCUAGAACCUCUCCAGGUCGAGCGUCGCUCAUCGUGAGGCACUUCGUGCCAACCCCCCUUGCAGGAACCUUAUAAUAAAACAGAAAGCAGAGACGCCCAAAUUUCCCCUUUUUUCGGGAAACAAUCGGCAACAGAGGCAUGUGUUAUCUCGGUUCCGUCAACAGAUGUUUCCCCGGUACGGCUCACUGCCAACAUCGCUUCCGUCGGAACGCUGAGUUUCGCAGUAUUCGAGUGUGACGUUCAGCUUUUCCCGAUUGGACAUAGUUUUUCUGUGAAUCACGAAGCCUGCACGCGGUUGGGGGGUUUUUAUUCACGUUACUGCAAAUUUGUGUGCUUGUCUGUCGUUGACUCCGUGCGCUUCGUGUGCAAUAUCGAUCCGGCGUCGCCUGAGGUGUCCUUCACCAUGUCCGCUACCUCGGGCGAGUGCACGCGCCCGGAAGGCGACAAGGAAAAAGAAGAAACACAAGCUUCAGUGCAACCGGGACACAGUGAAUACCAUCAUCCGUUCGCUGGAGAUGAAGCGGCUGCCGGAGCUGCGGUUGCCUGCGCGGACUGCGUGGCAGUUUUCCUCGGGACCGCCGCAACUGUUUCCUUCGGUAUCCUCCAGGCGGGUGCUCUGCUUGUGGAUAUUUGUUGGCGUGCUAUCCGCAAGUCUUGCUGUGACUCUGGGUUUUCGGAUAGGCAGCCGCGGUACUACGUCCCCAGCAACCGGGUGGCGUAUGUGUACGAGGAGCCGGUGCGGGUGUACUUCCCUCGGGCACCCAGCGGGUACUACAGUGGCUCAACGAACACCUUUAUUCCCAGGACGCCAUAUCCAUGAGAUUCAUUGCCUUGCGAAGAUGUUCUCAAGUGCUGUCUGUGCCGGUCUGAACGGGUGGUCCGUGGCAUUAGUUCGACAGUAUGGUAGUCUGCAGGCAGUACAGCAACAGGAGGGCCAAGUGGUUCACGACCUGCAAAGUCAGAUGGAAGGGGUGCCCAAGACAGCACAUGAAGACGUAAGUGCGGAAAGGGAGACCAGCCAACGAGAUGCACAACGAUGUGGACCUACUGACAAACAGCUUGGGCAUUUGGCAAAGCGGCUGGCUCUACCGUUCUCUUCGCAAGCUGGCAUGGUCCCAUCUUCAACUGAUCCAGACAUCGUCAAGUUUACGGGCCAGUUUUGGAUAUCUCAGGCAACCCCUUCGCAUCGUAUUCGCUCCUUGUUUCGGAGCUGGUAUUUUUUGCUUGGUGGUGUGCCGGAUAUACAUAUUCUGGGUCGCAGCAUUUCUGAAGGUACCCCCGUAGAGGUCGGAACUGAAGAUUAUGGAGGCUCUGAUCAGCUGAACGAGACGCCUUGUAUGAAAACCAUGCCUGCAGAAUAUCCUCCUCUGGUCGACCACCCCGAUGAAACCGCGUGUCUGUUGCCAUUGGAUAAUCUUCGAAGUGACUCUCCUAAGCUCUUUUUUAGUCCAGAGCAUACGCGCAGCGGGAAGGCACAAGAUGCAUUGGAGAGCGGUAACGUAAACGACAAUGCACCGUGUUUUGGAGGACGCUUUUAUCGUUUGGGGCGUUUCUCUGCACUUGCGCAGUUGAACGAGAAACACCCAAUACCAGGUUAAAAAGAGAAUUCCCGUGGGUGUAGGUGUGUGAGAAUGUUUGGCAACGGGGGCGCCGAGAAGAAAAUCUGUGCAUUCCUGACUAUGCGCGUUGUCAGUUUUAUAGGCUGAUGAGUGCCCACCAUGCAGGUACUGAAUACCACUUUAAGGGUGACAGGCCAGAAUCCUGCUCCGUCAGGUGAUACGGCCGACAUCCCGCGAGGUGUACAAAAGGUAUACACAGAAAUCCGCAGCGGAGAAGUUUAAAAGUUCGCUUUUAAAAUCGCACACAGGAAGCGAACGUCUGGUGCUUGAAAGGUAUGACGUUCUCCGCGAAACGUUUAGAGGUUGUUUUGUCUCCGUGGUGCCCUGUGGUGCCGGUUCCACCGUGGAAUGAGGCAUCUGUACGUUUUGUUGAGUGUAGUCGAGAGAGUGUUCGUUGUGUGCACCCAUUUAGGGGGUUCAAGGGUGGCAAAUGAGAGACUGACCAAAACAACUGUUCUUAACUGUGUUUGGUAGUUUCUUCCAUGGGACGUCAGUGCCGAAGGUGCGCCAGCUGAUGCGGCUAGCUCUCGAGGGCUUGACAUUGCAGCCCCCACUAUUGUGAACGCAGUCUGUCGUGUCAUCGUCGUGCCUACUGUUUAGCCCCACAUCCGUGAGGGACUAUAGUUGAAGCGGGAUGCAGCAAGGGACGCUUUUAGCGGAGGGAGGUAGAACAAAAUGUCUUCGUGGGUACCUCCCGUUGGCGUCGGUGACUUCAAGAAACAACGACUGCACAUCCUGUCAUGCGGUAGCGUUGACAGCAGCGGAAGUAAGAAUAAAGAGAUAAGUACUCCGCUGAAGCGGCAAGUUCAAGAGUCGCGGAACUUAUUUUCACCACAUUUUCGACUUUGGAGUCUGCCAUAAGACGUCUUCGUUUCAAGGACAUCUUGCGUGUGAAAGGCAGCAUGGGGACAGAGAUAUUGACAGACAAGCACCUGCGAAGCAGCGUGACCCACAUUCAAGUUGCUGGUUGUAGCACGGUGGAAGUGAUGAAUCCGCUGCACCACUUGCUGCAUGAACAAAAAGGGGGACGCCUGGCCUGUCAAACUGUUUUUGUCGUAUCACUUCCGGGAUACGCACAUUUGGCGAAAGUUCGAGCACAGUCGAGCUGUUGACUCCCCGGACCGAACACGACAUUCCAGAGGCCUCACACAGCUCAUCCCUAUACCAAAAGCGCAGUUUUGCAGUCGCCUCGUUUCCUCACAACACGAAUCAGACACAGUCAGUGAACUAUCCCAACUGUGAGCGCGCGUCUACCGCAUCACGACACUUUCGUAAUCACGCUUAUUGAACACUUGCUCGCCCAGGCUUCGGCCGCUGUAGCGACGAACCUGCUCUUCCAAAGCGUUAGAAGAAAGACUCCGAAAGAGCCAGCCGAUGCCCGAAUGCAUGCGCCGCAGAACUGACAGCGGCUCCACAGGAUCUGCCGCUCUGUUGGCGACUACAUAAUCGUGCAUGCCGUUUGUCCUCCCUCUUGGCGCUUCAUAUGUUUUGUUGCAGCCGCGUGUGCUCGCCGU